AUGCUCCCUGCUCAGGAGGCGGCCAAGAUUUACCACACCAACUACGUGCGUAACGCGCGGGCCGUGGGCGUGCUGUGGACGGUUUUCACCAUCACCUUCGCCGUCAUCACCGUGGUGGUGUUCAUCCAGCCAUACUGGAUCGGGGACAGCGUCAACACGCCGCAGGCCGGAUACUUCGGCCUCUUCCACUACUGCAUCGGGAACGCGCUCACCUCGGAGCUCACCUGCAAAGGGAGCGCGCUGGACUUCGGCUCCAUCCCAUCCGGCGCCUUCAAGACGGCCAUGUUCUUCGUGGGGAUCUCCAUGCUGCUGGUGGUGGGCAGCAUCGUCUGCUUCAGCCUCUUCUUCUUCUGCAACGCGGGGAGCGUGUACAAGAUCUGCGCCUGGAUGCAGCUGGCCUCCAGUACAUGCAUGGUGAUUGGCUGUAUGAUCUAUCCUGACGGCUGGGAUUCAGAGGAGGUGAAGCGCAUGUGUGGCCAGCGGACUGACAAAUACACCCUAGGCAACUGCACGGUGCGCUGGGCCUACAUCCUGGCCAUCAUCAGCAUCAUGGACUCGCUCAUCCUCUCCUUCCUGGCCUUCAGCCUGGGCAGCCGACAAGACAAGCUGCUGCCCGAGGACUUCCAGGUUGAAGAGAAAGGUACUGGGGUGAAGGGAGGGUGGAGAAAACACUUGGGUGGGGGAGGAAGAUGA